AGUGACGCAGCCUGUGAAAAGGGAGACAGAAUGAGGGAAUCUGGGGCUGCGACGCGACAUGAGGGAACACGCGAUGAGGACAAACAAGACACGCGCAGGAGAAUACAAGAAGAUGGAGAUUGGGGGACAUUGGGACGGGUGUGGUCGUCGCUGUCCCUAGCAGAUACUCCGCAUCCGUUGUCUGCGGUGGUCGCUGCAGAAUAACUGAAGAUUCAUUCGAAUAUUCAGUCGUGAUCUUCUGAUCUACUUCCGCAGACAGGUGCACAUUAGCGUGCCUGCAGGUCCAGUGAUCCUCCCAUAUUGAUUAUUGCAUUGUUCGCUCUCGUCACGACUUCUAUCGAUUGACACCCCGGUCCCACUUCCUUCCUCUUAAAAACCACCGUUCCGCUCAUCCUUCCCUCCGUCCUCUUUUCUUCUCUUCUCACACACUCACUCGCUUAUUCAAUGGCAGGUCGUGGCGGUCCUAGAGGCAGGGGGCGUGGCGCACCUGCUCUUCGUGGUCGCGGUGGCGGGCCUUCAAUCGGUUCGGUACCAAGUAGCGGUCCUGGCAUUCCCAACCAAGGCGAUCAUAUCGCCACAGUUGGUGUCAAGCGAUCGGCCUUCGGGAGCUCUGGUAGAGCCAUCGAAGUGUUCACCAAUCAUUACGAGGUUUCAAUCCCUCAAGGGAUGAUAUACCACUAUGAUGGUAAGACUUGUUUCUCUUUGUCAUGUUUGUGGAUACUGAAAAGUCGUCUGCUCAUUCGUAGUCGCCAUCUCUCCGUCUGAGCACACCCUACCCGCCAGACUCAACAUGGAAUUGAUCGUCAAGUUACAGGAAAGAGAUCACCCCGAGAUCUUUACCCCAAGAGGUGUCUAUGAUGGCCGAAAAAAUAUGUUUUCUGUGAAAAGAUUCCCAUUCGAAAACGACACCCGCACAUUUGAUGUCACGCUCAGUGAUCCUAAUGUCCAGGAUUCUCCUGGUCGCGCAGCUGUAGGCCGAGGUCCAAAAAUAUACAAGAUAAAGCUUACCAAGGUGGCCGAGAUAAACCCAGAGGUGUUAUCACGCUUCUUAGAAGGCAGCCAGUCCCACGACAACACCGUACUGACGGCUAUUACUGCUCUCAAUGUGGUCGUCAGAAUGGAACCGACCAAGAAUUAUCCAUUCAAUGUUCGUUCUUUCUUCACUCCCCGUGAGCAGAAAGACAUCGGAGGUGGUUUGGUGCUUUGGCGCGGAUACUUCCAAUCCGUCCGUCCCGCCAUUGGGAAAAUGCUUAUCAACAUUGACAUUUCAACUGGCACCAUGUAUAAGGAAGGUCCCUUGCUCAACAUCUGCCUAGAAUUUUUCAAUCGUGGAAAUGAUCCCAACAUCCUUGCGCCUGCACGUGGUCUGCCUGAGCGGGAGCGCCUUCGUCUUCAACGAUUCAUAUCUGGCGUUAGAGUCAUGACGAAUGCCGCAAACCAAGGGCAACAAGGACGUACCCGUACACCUCGUGUCGUUAAAAAGCUAUCAUCUGCUGGAGCGAAUUCGUUGUCUUUCACUAUGCGGGAGGGUGGCACGAUGACUGUGGCGCAAUAUUUCGCGAGAACAUACAAUCGACCUCUUCAACACCCCGCCAUUCUCUGCGUCGAGGUUGGAAAUGGAGCAUUGAUCCCUAUAGAACUGUGCACAGUCGUACCAGGACAAAUCAUGCGGAAACAGGUUCCGCCAGAGAAAACGAAAGACGUGCUUGAGUUCGCAACUAAGAAACCUGCUGAUCGACUCGCUAGCAUUCGCAAUGGUCUCGGGGUGCUUUCUUACGGUCAAUCAGAGUAUGUGCGACAAUUCGGUCUACAUGUGAAGGAUACGGGAGGCCCGCUGUCAGUCAACGCUCGCGUUUUAAAUCCACCCACCUUAAAGUAUGGCCAAAACAGCAAACAACCCACUAUCGUACCGCGUGAUGGAGCGUGGAACAUGAUUGAUAAGAAAUUCUUUCAACCGGCAACAAUCAAAGCCUGGGUCGUCGUGGUCUACGAACGUCAAAAUCGCUUCCGCGAUGAGAACGCCAAAGACAUGAUUGCUGGAUUGUUGGAAGCGUGUGCAGCAGUGGGCAUUGUUGUCCAGGACAAACAACCCCUCGUAUUCUGGGAGAAUGCUCAAGGCACGAUAGCCGAUCACCUUCGUAAAGCCGGUCUAGCUUGCAACCAGAAGAAAGGCGUAUUCCCGAACCUGAUCGUGGCCGUGCUACCUGAACAAGCAACAGACAUCUAUACCGCUAUCAAACACUUCGGCGACGUUUCGACUGGUGUUGCAACUCAGUGCCUGAAAUCGCAGAAGUGUACUCGCGCGAAGCAACAGUACUACGCGAACGUUUGCUUGAAGAUCAAUGUGAAACUGGGAGGUAUCAAUACCAUUCCAGAUGCACGGUCUGUAUCCAUCUUGACGGAUCCCCACAAUCCAACAAUUGUUAUGGGGGCUGAUGUCAUUCAUCCCGCCGCCCACUCGGAGGGUCGUCCAUCAUUCACAUCCUUGGUUGCUAAUGUCGACUCCGAUACGGCGAAGUAUAUUGCUGACUGCCGUGUUCAAACUUCCCGUCAAGAAAUGAUUGACGACUUGGAAGAUAUGGCAACGCAUAUGAUUGAUAUGUAUAUAAACUAUCGACGGAACGUAGAGAAGAAGCCAAAUCCCCAGCCGAAGAGGAUCAUCUUCUAUCGAGAUGGUGUGUCCGAAGGUCAGUUUAGGCAGGUCCUGGAGCACGAGUUACCGCAGAUCAAGAAAGCAUGCGCCAAGAUGAAAGUAGAUCCUAAAAUCACUGUAAUCGUCGUUGGCAAACGUCACCAUGUUCGAUUCUUCCCGAAGCGACCGGAUGAAGCUGACAGGAGUGGCAACUGUCGUGCUGGUACUGUCAUCGAUCGCGAUAUCGUUCACCCCCUCGAGAUGGAUUUCUAUCUUCAGUCUCACGGCGGUCUCUUGGGUACCUCACGCCCCGCCCAUUACAAUGUGCUUUAUGAUGAUAAUCGACUCACUGCGGAUGGCAUCCAGCAGUUGUCUUUCGCAUUGUGUCACGUCUAUGCUCGCUCCACUCGCUCGGUCUCAAUUCCCGCCCCUGUCUAUUAUGCGGAUAUUGUCUGCUCCCGAGCCAAGAACCAUUAUGAUCCUGGGGCCAACCUUGACCUUACCGAGACUGGCACCGCCGACGAUGCUCAUGCCAGCGAGCAGCUUGAAGUCUUCAAGAACAAUUUCAAACCUCUUCACCGAAAUAUGCAAUUCCUCAUGUAUUUCUCUUAAAGUUUGCUCUAAACUCCAUACAUAUGGCAAUGUCGUGUUUUCUAUUCUUCCUCCGUUCAUCCCUGGACGAUCAUGUUCGGGAGUUCCCCAUAUUACUAGUGUGAUAUCUUGCUUUUCUCUUGCUGUCGUGCAGUUUGUUGUGAUGCUCCUAACGUCCUGGAUGUACAUAUGUAGUGCUAUGGUUGUGAUAUGUGGCGUAGUGGUAGUGCUUCGGUACAAUGGAAUUAUGUGUUGUUUGAAAUCGGAUUCUACUAUGCCGGCGGCUCUAUAAUUGAACGGUCUCUAAUUUGGCGUCUACGAGCGAUCAAAAGCAGUGCAUGGCCAGGAAUGGCUUUCAUCUUAAGUAGUUCAACGCCCAUGUUCGUUAUCCGUCCUGGUGCUUGCCGCUAAGCAGAUCCUUCUGAACAAACUUAUUUCACUAGA